CGAAUAUUAAAAUAAACAAGAAUUAUUCAUUGUUCUUGUUUAACAUUCCAUGCUAGCUGUUGCGACCGAUGACGAUUUCUUUCAUCUGUACCUAUAAAUAAAUGGAACUUUAAGUGGUCCAAACUCCAAAUUAUAAGUCUGUCUUAUUUAAUAUUACUGAUCUGUGGCAAUAGUUUGUAAAAAUUCACAGAUUUAUAAAUAGUAGAGGUAAAUAAAACUCGUAAAGGGAAACAAUUAUCAAAUUGUUUUAAAUUUGUCCUGUAAAUCAACAAUUUAAAAUCUGAAUUCAGUAUGGAUAACAUUAUCAACGACAUAAUAAUGGGAAAAGCCAGAACUGCAGGCGAUGGUAUGGAAUCUGAAGAAAAUGCAAUGGAGGCAAAGGUUUUAAACAAACCUAUUUCCAAUGUUUCUCACAAGAAAAAGGACUCUUUAUGUAAAGGUCGACUAAUUCAAGUCUAUGCUACCAAAACUUUUGUUGCUGAUAAGAAAAGUCCACACAUAUAUUCUAAAACACCCAAAUUUGUGCCUUAUGAACCAUAUCCAGCUGCAGUGAAGCCAAUAAAUCCAAAAUCUGUUUUAAAAGCAACUAAAAAGUCUAGAAAUCAUAUGGAUUUAAAUACACUUGUGAACCAAAUGUCACAAAUGAAUACUAACCUUAAUGAAUUUAGACCUAGACUAAAACAUGCAACUUCAAGUAAUGAUAAAGUUGAGGAGAAGCCUGGCUAUACUGAUGAAAUGCAAAAAAAGGUUGAGGAAUUAGUGAGAGAUAAUGAAAGGCUAAGUGAACAGCUAAACCAACAAGUACAGGUAAACAAAGAAUUGAAAACCAUGCUUGUAGCAUCUAUGGGAGAAGAUCUUGAGACUCAAGUUCAGUCAUUAACAGAAGAUAAGAAACAUUUGGCUGACGCAUUACUUAAUUCAGCCCAACAUCUGUCUACUCACCAAGAACAAACGGAAUGGCUUGCAGGUCAAUGUGAAGUAUGGAGAAGCAAAUUUUUAGCAAGCAGUUUGCUAAUUGAAGAAUUGGCUGCAUGCAAAAAGAUACUUAAUGAGAAAACUGUAAAUUUACAACAAGGAAUCAAACAAUUAUUGGAUGAAAGAUGCAGAGUUAGAGACAUGAUGCUCUGUACAUACAAAAAUCUAUACAGUUUACAUGAACAAUGGUUGGAAAAUAUUACUGUCUCUGAAUAUAUGGGAAGUAGUAAACUUUGUAAUCGGCCCAUUGGAAAUCUUAACUUCAAUGCUACAAUGCCGCACUCAACUAAUGUCAUUGACAUGGCAUCUGUAAAUAUGAAGUUAUCAGAAAAUAUAAGCAGUGAAGUGUGCAAACAGGAUAUUGGACAUUUGGAUAAUUUAUCAUCUAUCACUGAUGGUGAGAAAUUUGCAGAACAGGUAAUGGCAAUGCCAGUGGAUAUAAAAAAAUUGAGUGAAGAACCAGUGAAUGCAUUAGUACAUCAUGCAUAUACAAGUGGUGGUAAUGUCGCACCACCCGUCGCCUCUUGCGUUCAUUGCAAUGGAAAAGUGCAAUUAUUAUAAUAUAAUUAAAUUAAAUUGAUAAUUAACUUACAUUAUGGCCGGACAACGCACGCGCCAUUCAGAAUUGUGUCUUCUACAGCAGGAAUUUUUAGUUGCUUUUGAACAUUCGUCGAUUUUUACUAGUUGUGAAGGAAAUUUGAUAAAGGAUUUAAGAAUUUCUGCUUAGUCUUAGGCCACCAUAAUACUAUAUUCCAUUUUUUAUAUGCUCUUGUCUUUUUUUAAUAACGAAAGCAUGAAACGUUUAGGUAGAUAAUUAUAAAUGCCUGUAAAAAAGACUGUAUAGAUGUUUUACUCUAGAGAAAAUACUUUACCUUUUAAUUCAUGGUAUUAUAUUUAUUGGUACUAGCGUCAAAAAUUGUGAAUCUUGUGUCAUAAAUCUUAUAAUAUUUAAUAA